UUGUGUGUUGUUUGUAUUUUUCCUUUUUGUAAGUUUUUAUCUUUUUUUCAUUGCCCAUACUCUAAUUUUUUAGCACUCCCUACAAAGGCUGUAGGUGUUGUUCUUUUUGACAUCUUUAAGCCACAUUGGUUCUUCUCCCUUUUGAGCCCCUUGGCCAAUACAAGGACAAUCUUAGCCUUUUUUCUAAACAUUGAAGCGAGCUUCUCCCUGUGGAGACACUAGAUUAAAUUAAAUAAACACCUGUAAGGCAACCAACAUCUCUAUUCUGUUUUAAUAGUAUAUGCAAUUUUUUUGUUCAUUACUUUUUAGAUAGCAUCAUAUUUAGUUUUUUUAGUGUAGUAUAAAUUUUUUCCCACCCUGUAUGCCUUUUAGUUACAUUAGCCCUUUCUUUCCCCUGACCUUUUGCCAGAGGUCACCCCUUCUCUUUCAGGAAGAAAGGCUGGAGUUAAUAGAGUACACUGAUUUAUUUUGUGAUGUUUGAUCUUGACCCAUUCAUUUUCAAAUAGUUGAUUUUGGAGGGAAAAUGCUGGCUCGGUCUUUGAAGAAUAUAUGAACUGAUGAGAAGUUAGUUCAACUUUGCAGUGCAAAAGAUAAGAUGGUUUCUAACCUAACCACUGUACUCCCAUUCUGUAUUUAAGGUGCCCUAUGACUUUCUUUAAUGCAAGUAAAGUUGCUGCCACUAUGGGGGGAGGUGGGGGUGAUACCAUCAUUUUAAACCAUUUACAGGGGGGUCCUUGGGUUGGGUCAUAUCCUCAGAUGUGGAGUUGUCCUACUGGUUACAGGCCAUCUUAUUUCAUGCUAGAGGGGGGUACAGGAGUGGGAAGGAGCUUAAGGGAGUCAAAAGCUCUCCUGCUCUGUUGCUCCACCCCCCCGUGCGCUUGCUGAGGUUUGGUGGAGUGUGCGCGCCUAGAGCUGUCUUCCUGACCCUUCAGAUAUGUCCAUUUAGUAGUCAGGCACCCCACAGGACUGCUUCUAAUGCACAUAUACUUUUAUUCAUUGUUAGUUGUUAAUGGAACUUUACUCAGAUGGUUAUCAAUUAUGAUAUCCAUGGCUGUUGAUUAGUGGUAAAUUGUGGGUUUAGGAGUUACUUCACAAAUGUCUUAAAAUGAUCCAAGUGGUGCCAGGCAGACAGCUCACAAUCUAUACUCCACCGCCUGCGUCAGAUGCUGGGUUAGAAAGACAGAAACAUGCGCAGCAACAGUGAUGACCUCUUUAUUUCAGAGCUGGGGAGGCUUCUAGAUACAUAAUUAAACCACAGACUUUUCUCCCUACCCCAUUGGCCAGGAUUCAAGAAAGCAGGCCAGGAUAAAGAAAUCAAAGUUUUAAAAAUUUCAUGAAAAUGCUAAACGAAUUUUAAAAAUAUUCUUGUUGAUUAAUACUUUUUCCCUUUUCUUUAAAUAUGUAAUAUUAUUCCCAAAGAAAUGGGAUCAGUUCAUUUGGGCAAGAUCAAGCCAGUAACUUCCCUCCUGUAGUUUGGUAAGGAAAACCCAAUAGAAGUCAGCCAGUAGCCUGACAUUACUUCACUCAUAAACUGAAAUACAUAAAAGCCUUUCUUCCAUUUAAAUGAUCCUUAAAGCAUUUGUUUUGUUUUCUGAAACAUUCAUUGCAUGAGUGAAUACUAAGAACAGUCUUGUUUUAUGUUUGUUGUGAUUUGGAAGAACCUGUUUUAGUUCCAUAUAAAAAAGAAUGUAUUGUUUGAAAACUUUUACUAACGAUCUUGUUUUCUGAUUUUGUCUCUUUUGGUUUUCCACAACUGAUAUUGUUAUUUAGAAGGUUUCAGGUGGGUGACACUAUUCCUGCGUAGGUGCCUGGCGGAAAGGAACACUAGGGCAGCCUCAGUCCCUCCUCUUCUUCCAGCCAGCCGUGGCCACCACUCUGACAAAGUCCAAAAAUAUGGCUUGUUACCUGAAAGCCAUUGAGACUCAACCCAACUUUGCAGUAGCUUGGAGCAACCUGGGUUGUGUGUUUAACGCCCAGGGAGAGAUAUGGCUGGCCAUACAUCAUUUUGAAAAGGCAGUGACCCUGGACCCAAAUUUCCUUGAUGCAUACAUCAAUUUAGGAAAUGUUUUGAAGGAAGCCCGUAUUUUUGACAGAGCUGUUGCUGGAUAUCUGAGAGCCCUGAGUCUUAGCCCCAACCAUGCAGUGGUUCAUGGAAAUCUGGCCUGUGUCUACUAUGAGCAGGGCCUCAUUGACUUGGCUAUUGAUACCUACCGUCGGGCUAUUGAGUUGCAGCCCCAUUUCCCUGAUGCCUACUGCAAUUUGGCAAAUGCGCUGAAGGAGAAAGGCAAUGUGUCUGAGGCAGAAGAAUGCUAUAACACAGCGUUGCGUCUAUGCCCAACCCAUGCAGACUCCCUUAAUAACUUAGCCAAUAUCAAACGUGAGCAGGGCAACAUUGAGGAGGCAGUUCAGCUCUAUAGAAAAGCCUUAGAGGUGUUUCCGGAGUUUGCAGCAGCUCACUCAAAUCUGGCCAGUGUCCUGCAACAGCAGGGAAAACUUCAGGAAGCUCUAAUGCACUACAAGGAGGCCAUUAGAAUCAGCCCCACGUUUGCUGAUGCCUACUCAAACAUGGGCAAUACACUGAAGGAAAUGCAAGAUGUACAAGGAGCACUGCAGUGCUACACUCGUGCCAUCCAGAUUAACCCCGCCUUUGCUGAUGCUCACAGUAAUUUGGCCUCCAUUCACAAGGAUUCUGGCAACAUUCCAGAGGCCAUUGCAUCUUAUCGCACAGCCUUGAAACUUAAGCCGGACUUUCCUGAUGCAUACUGCAAUUUGGCGCAUUGCCUUCAGAUUGUGUGUGACUGGACAGAUUAUGAUGAACGGAUGAAGAAGCUUGUGAGCAUCGUGGCUGACCAGCUAGAAAAGAACCGCUUGCCUUCUGUGCACCCACACCACAGCAUGCUCUACCCACUCUCCCAUGGCUUCCGCAAGGCCAUUGCAGAGCGCCAUGGAAACCUUUGUCUGGACAAGGUACACUCACUGAUGAAAAUCAAUGCACUACAUAAACCUGCUUAUGAGCAUCCAAAGGAUUUAAAGGCGAGCAGUGGGAGACUUCGUAUUGGCUAUGUCAGCUCUGAUUUUGGCAACCAUCCAACCUCCCACCUGAUGCAGUCCAUUCCUGGAAUGCACAAUCCUGAAAAGUUUGAGGUCUUCUGCUAUGCACUAAGCCCUGAUGAUAGCACCAACUUCCGUGUGAAAGUUGUAGCAGAGGCUCAUCAUUUCACAGACCUCUCGCAGAUUCCUUGCAAUGGCAAGGCAGCUGAUCGUAUUCACCAGGAUGGAAUCCACAUUCUUGUCAACAUGAAUGGUUACACCAAAGGAGCACGAAAUGAGCUAUUUGCUCUCCGCCCUGCCCCCAUUCAGGCUAUGUGGCUGGGAUACCCAGGAACUAGUGGUGCUCCUUUCAUGGAUUACAUCAUCAGCGAUAAGGAAACGUCCCCCAUGGAGGUAGCUGAGCAGUAUUCUGAGAAACUUGCCUACAUGCCUAAUACCUUCUUCAUUGGUGACCACGCCAACAUGUUCCCGCACCUUAAGAAAAAGGCAGUUAUUGAUUUCAAGUCUAAUGGACACAUUUUUGACAACCGCAUUGUGCUUAAUGGUAUUGACCUGAAGGCCUUCUUGGACAGCCUGCCAGAUGUCAAAGUGAUAAAAAUGAAGUGUGACAACAACCAGGAACCAACUGGAGACACAAAUGGAGCUUUGUCUAUGCCUGUAAUUCCCAUGAACACAGCAGCUGAAGCAAUCAUCAACAUGAUCAACCAAGGCCAAAUUCAAGUCACAAUCAAUGGCUUUACUGUCAGCAAUGGUCUUGCCACGACACAGAUCAAUAACAAAGCUGCCACCGGGGAAGAGAUGCCACGCACAAUUGUUGUGACAACCCGCUCACAGUAUGGUCUCCCAGAGGACUCCAUAGUCUACUGUAACUUCAACCAGUUGUACAAAAUUGACCCCCCUACUCUUCAGAUGUGGGCAAAUAUUCUGAAGCGUGUCCCCAACAGUGUGUUGUGGCUUCUUCGUUUCCCUGCUGUGGGUGAGCCCAACAUCCAGCAGUAUGCUCAGAACAUGGGUCUGCCUGGAUCUCGCAUUAUCUUCUCACCUGUGGCUCCUAAAGAAGAGCAUGUCAGAAGAGGGCAGCUGGCUGAUGUAUGCCUUGACACUCCUCUUUGCAAUGGUCACACCACAGGCAUGGAUGUCCUCUGGGCUGGAACACCCAUGGUCACAAUGCCAGGUGAGACCCUUGCCUCUCGUGUGGCUGCCUCACAACUCAACUGCCUGGGCUGCCCUGAGCUAAUAGCCCAAAGUCGCCAGGAAUAUGAAGACGUAGCAGUCAAAUUGGGCUCUGAUAUGGAAUAUCUAAAGAUGGUCAGAGCACGUGUUUGGAAGCAGCGAAUCUGCAGCCCUCUUUUCAACACCAAGCAGUACACAAUGGACCUGGAGAGGCUCUAUCUGCAGAUGUGGGAGCACCAUAGCAAUGGCAGCAAGCCAGAACAUCUGGUCAAAUUCCAGACAGUAGAGACCAGCGAGAAUGCCUGAACUGGAAAAUGUGCUAUUUUUAUUUUAGUUUUUUGCCCAACCAUGUCCAGCUCUCCUCAUCCCGUUUUCUUUUUUUCCCCCUUUCGUUUUUGCAGCUCUCUAUUUCAAAAUCCUUUCCACUCCAUCCCUCUGCCCUCUGUUUUCAGUUCAUUGCAAAGAAGACUCUUGUAAAGGAGCCUACAAAUGUAUACAUUUCCACCAUCACAUGUUGCUGCAUCACACAUUUCCUUGGCCACGUUGACUGAGGCUGUGUCUGAAAUCACUUAGCAGUCACUCUUUCACUACUCCCCUGCUAGUGUACACUUGGUCAUCCACUCAUUACCGAACAAUAAAUUGAUCAUACUAUAGAUCUUGGACAUUUACUACUCCUAUUCAUAUUGUCAUCACAAAUGACAUUUCUGAGUUGCGCAAUAAUAAUUGUCUUAUCUGACAUGGAGCAGUGCAUUGUGGGUACAAGCCAUUUGCACUACUUUUUCAUUGUGCAUUUUGAUUUGUGUGCACUUUAUAAAGAGGUUUACACAGUUAACACUCAAUUUUGUGCACUAUAUAGUUAAUUGGGAGUGACUUUUGGACACAGCCUGAAAACCUUAAAACCAUAUAUUUGGCGAGCAUGAGAGGACUGUGAAUGCCCUGCAACCCUUCAAUACUUGGAUCUGUGGAUUUUGUUUCUCCUGUCAGUGUGCAUACAGGACUCAGCGCAGCUUGUGGAGAAACUGACAAGUUGUUGUUACUUGUUGAUCUAUUUAUAAAUGGAUUAGGAGUGUUGUGUUUUUAAAAGGACAAUGUUGUAAUUCAGACUUAAGUUUCAUCAGCUUUAACACGCAAUUGUAAGACACCGAUUGCAACUGCUUUUUAGUUUGUCUUAAGCUGAUAUUAAACAAAGACUCCGAUGAGUAGACAUGCACGUUUUUAAGGAAUUGGAUCUACAUGUAGACUUCUUCCUGCCACCAAAUGCUAAGUUGUCGAUCAAACAAAACGUUCUAUAGCCGUUGUCCUGUUUGUCAUGCUAUGCUUGUAAAAAUUAUUCAACAAAUCUCGACAACAGAGCGUCAAGUUGCUGAAAAGGUCCUAUGUUUAAAUUUGUAUAUCAGAGGUAUUCAGAAUUGAUCUUGUUUUUCUAAUCAUCUAAGGAACGGUGUAGGUAAGUAUUUUCUAAAUAGUCUUUGUUUUGUAUUGUCCAUCAAUGGUUUGCUGUCGAUGACGCUACAAGGCUCUAAAUAUGACGUUAAAAAUAAAGAGAUAGCAAAACUC